AUGAGGAAGCAGGAUCUGCGGACGGGCGGGGAGGCUGGCCAGGGCCACGGCGCCGGCUCCCCAGCCGAGCAGGUGAAAGCUCUCGUGGACCUGCUGGCAGGGAAGGGUAGUCAGGGACCGCCGGCCCCACUGACGCCCCCCAGGACGCCCGAACCCCCGCGGGGAACCCCUGGCAACGACUCCAGGACACAGAGGCACCGGCAGUUCCUGCUGGGCAGGGCGGGCAGCGGCCAGGAGCUGGGCGGCCCCCCGGCCCGGCUGAGCAGCCUCCUGCUGGCCGAGGGACUGACAGACCUGCAGCUGAGGGAGCAUGACUUCACGCAGGUGGAGGCCGCCCGCGGGGACUGGCGCUCCGGCCGCGCCAUCACGCUGGACAGGCUCUUCCUGCCCCUGACACGGGUGUCCAUCCCGCCCCGGAUCUCCAUCACCGUCGGCGUGGCCGGCGUGGGCAAGACCAGCCUGGUGAGGGGCUUCGUGGGCCUCUGGGCCCGGGGGCAGGUCGGCCAGGACUUCUCGCUGGUGCUGCCUCUGACCUUCCGGGACCUCAACGCCCACGAGCGGCUGUCCGCCGACAAGCUGGUCUGCUCCGCCUUCCCGCACAUAGGGGAGCCCGGGCUGGCCACGGCCGCCCUGGCCAGGGUCCUCCUGGUCCUGGACGGCUUGGACGAGUGCAAGACCCCCCUGGACUUCGCCAACACGGCAGCCUGCACGGACCCCAAGAAGGAGCUGCAGGUGGACCACCUGAUCACCAACAUCAUCCGGGGCAACCUCUUCCCGGAGGUCUCCAUCUGGGUCACCUCGCGCCCCGGCGCGGCCGGCCAGAUCCCGGGCGGCCUGGUGGACCGGCUGACGGAGAUCCGGGGCUUCAACCAGGAGGAGAUCAGGGUGUGUCUGGAGCAGAUGUUCCCCGAGGACCAGGCCCUCUCGGGCUGGGUCCUGGGCCAGACGCGGGCUGACCGGGCCCUGUACCUCAUGUGCACCGUCCCUGCCUUCUGCCGGCUGGCGGGGUCAGUGCUGGGCCACUGGCGUCGCAAGGGGCCGGGGCCCCAGGCCUCGGAGCUGUGGCCGCCCAGGACCCUGAGUGAGCUCUACGCCUGGUACCUGAGGAUGGCUCUGGGCGCCGAGGGGCAGGACAGGGGCCGCUCCAGCCCUCGCACCGAGCAGGUGGCACACAGUGGCCGCAAGCUGGUGGUGACGCUGGGCCGGCUGGCCUUCCACGGGCUGCUCAGGAGGAAGUUCGUGUUCUACGAGCCGGACCUGAAGGCCUUCGGCGUGGACCUCCCGCAGCUGCAGAGUGCGCUGGGCAGCCAGCUCCUGCAGCGGGAGGACACGCUGGGCCCGGCGGCCGCCUUCUUCUUCGCCCACCUGUCCCUGCAGGAGUUCAUGGCGGCUGCCUACUACUGCAGCGCGGCCCGGAAGGCCAUCUUCGACCUCUUCACCGAGGGCGGCGUGUCCUGGCCCCGGCUGGGCUUCCUCACACACUUCCGGAGCGCGGCCCAGCGGGCCAUGCAGGCCGAGGACGGGCGGCUGGACGUCUUCCUGCGCUUCCUGUCGGGCCUCCUGUCUCCGCGGGUCGGCACCCUGCUGACGGGCCUGCUGCUGGGCCCGGGCGAGCAAGGGGGCCAGCGGGCGCAGGUGGCCGAGCUCCUGCAGGGGUGCCUGCGGCCCGACGCGGCCGUCUGCGCCCGGGCGGUCAACGUGCUGCACUGCCUGCACGAGCUGCAGCACACGGAGCUGGCCCGCGGCGUGGCAGGCGCCCUGGACAGCGGGGACCUGGCGGGGCUGACCACAGCCCCACACCGUGCCGCCCUGGCCUACCUGAUGCAGGUGUCGGACACCUGCACCCAGGAGGCCGAUGUGCCCCUGCGCCUCAGCCCAGGCGUCCUCCAAAGCCUGCUGCCCCAGCUGCUGUACUGCCGGAGCCUGAGGCUGGACACCAACCAGUUCCAGGACCCGGUGAUGGAGCUGCUGGGCAGCGUGCUGAGCAGGAAGGACUGUCGGAUUCAGAGGAUCAGCCUGGCUGAGAACCAGAUCAGCAGCAAAGGCGCCAAAGCCCUGGCCAGAUCCCUGCUGGUCAACAGAAGCCUCGCCGCUCUGGACCUCCGCAGCAACAGCAUCGGGCCGCCAGGCGCCAAGGCGCUGGCCGACGCCCUGAAGAACAACCGCACCCUGACGUCUCUGAGCCUGCAGAAGAACAGCAUCGGGCCGGUGGGCACCCAGCGGAUGGCGGACGCCCUGAGGCAGAACCAGAGCCUGAGGGAGCUCAUGCUCUCCAGCAACAGUAUCGGCGAUGGCGGCGCCGAGGCCCUGGCCAAGGCCCUGAGGGUGAACCAGGGCCUGGAGAACCUGGACCUGCAAAGCAACUCCAUCAGCGACGCGGGGGUGGCGGCACUCAUGGGGGCCCUCUGUGCCAACCGGACCCUCCUCAGCCUCAACCUUCGAGAAAACUCCAUCAGCUCAGAGGGAGCCAAGGGUCUGGCCCGCGCGCUCUGCACCAACAGCACCCUGAGGAGCCUAGACCUGACGGCCAACCUCCUCCACGACCAGGGUGCCCAGGCCCUGGCGGUGGCCGUGAGAGAGAACCGCGCCCUCACGUCCCUCCACCUGCAGUGGAACUUCAUCCAGGCCGGCGCCGCCCAGGCCCUGGGCCAAGCACUGCAGCUCAACCGGAGCCUGACCAGCCUCGACCUCCAGGAGAACGCCCUGGGCAUGGACGGGGCCUUAUGCGUGGCCACCGCGCUGUCCGGAAACCACGGGCUCGAGCACAUCAAUCUCCAGGGAAACCACAUCGGGGAGUCUGGCGCCCGGAUGAUCUCAGAGGCCAUCAAGACCAACGCCCCCGCGUGCACGGUGGAGAUAUGAGCGCCCGGAGCUCCGAGCGUCACGGCCGCUUGCAGCCGCCUUCCUGCCGGGAACC